CGUUGCGCUACGCACUGAGCCCACUCUCCUCGAGCUCUGUCUCUCUCUGCCUCGUUCCUUCGAUUCCAUGCCUCCCGUCAAUUCCAGCUUCGAUUUCGUUUGUUGCGCGCUUGAUUACAGUCCAUUUCAUCGUCGUUUCUGCUGUACCAAUCCUUCUAUUGCAGAGUUGUAGCUUUUCCCGUCGUGGAGGAAUUUUUCCGGUGGGUUUUGGUCGGUGUUUGGUAACGGUUUUGCCGCCUGAGUCAAUUGUGAAUUGGUUUUGAUGCUGGAUGUUGUGGUUGAAUUUCGGAUAAACCUGGAGGAAGAUUGCGUGUCUACUUGUGGCUGGUAUUGGCUUUGACGAAUUGGCAUUCGGUGAGGUUGGAAGUUUCGGUGGAAUUCUUCAUCAGUGUGUCUUGGUGCUGGAAUAUCUAGAGAUUGCAGUAUCGCCUUUGAGGUGGUUUCAGUCUUAACGCAUUAUGGGAAAUUCCGAAUCCUCCAGUGCAGGGGGUGAAAGCCAAGAAUACACUCAACUUGAAAGAAAAUUGCAAUCUGAGCUGACUUAUCUUAAGCGCUCUUUCGCUCAUCUGAGUACCUUUAAAGAUGGCAAUCAACAAUCUAUUCCCCUUUCGGCACUUGAGGAGGUUUUCAAUCUGGCUCCACUAAAUGUUGGCAAUGUGCCUUCUGCCGAUAAUUCCUCCCUUCCAUUGUUCAUUUCGGAGAUUGGACCAGCCAUUAUUCGAACAUUUUUCAUCAGCAACUCGGGACAAGUGGACUGGCCUCAUUUUCUCUCAGGCUUUAACAUGUGUUGUAAGGAAGGAUUGGGUGCAGUCAAGUUGAAAAUGCUCUUUGCGGUGUUUGUUAAAGGCAAACAUGACCAUGAUUUACUCCCUAAGCUACAAGUUGAUGGAGAUCAAGAUUUAAUUGGGUUCGUCACUAUGAGCCAGCUGCGAGAUGUUUUCUUGCUUUGUUGGUUACUUAUGUGUCAUUCAAGACUCGAUAACGUGCAAGAUAAGGAGGUGCAUGUGACGCUUCCAAAUUUGCAUCCUCUACUUGCUUCCUGCUACGCUACUGCAAGUGAGGCGCCCGCUGAGACAGAUUGGAAAGGCGACGAGGAAAUACCAGUGGAAAAACUCAUAUCUUGGGUUCUAGCAACUAUUCCUGGUAUUACAGAUUGCUUUGCUGAAUAUGUCAAAGCUCAUCUGCAGCGACUCGGUUCAGAACGAAAGACUAUCAAAUCGGAAGAUAAACCUUCACCACAAGCCACAGGAGUAGUGGACCAAGAGGGAAAAGCGUUGGGGCAUUCACGAAAUGGAGAAGCUGUGGAACCAGGCCUGCUCACAUUGGAGACAGCAUGGGCUGUUGGGCUGUCACAAAGGGACUCUAGCGGUUCAGAUCUUGUUACUGCUGCCUGUGACCUAAGUGGCUCUUCUAAUAGCCAUCCAACACUCUUGUAUAGAUCUUCCAGCCAUGGAAGAGGACUCAGCCGAUUCUGGACACGUGUGGAGGGCUACAAAGCCUCCGUGUUGAUGUUGAUCUCAGGGACUUCUAUAGGCGGUGAUAACGAUGAACUCACUGGAAAAAAAUGGGAAGUAGGAGCUCUGGUUCCAGGAGGAUUUGAAAACAAGGAGGUCUUUUAUGGAAGUUCUGGCUGCUGCCUAUUUGCGAUUUCGCCGCUUUUUCUACCCCUGCGGUCAACUGGUAGGGAGACCAAUUAUGUCUACAGUCACAAGCGUACUCCGGGAGUUGCAUACGGUUCACAUCCAAAACCAGAGGGAGUUGGUUUUGGCGGUUCAGACGGAAAAGAACGUUUGUGGUUAGAUGAUGAGUUUUUGACUGUCACUGUUCAGCAUCAUGCGCUGGAUAAAUCUUAUCAUUCUGGGGCGCUUAUUCCAGGCCAGGGUUAUUUGGCUGUGAAGGGCAGAGUCAGCAAAGUCGAAGUCUGGGGACUCGGAGGAUUUAGUGCUGAUGAGCAGCAAGCUGUAUAUCAACACAGAGAAAAUCUGUUCUCUGAGCAAAGACGGAAGGUUGACUUGAAGAACUUUGGCAACUGGAAAGAUUCACCUGAUGCAGCGAUGAUGGAUUUGAUGUCCGACCCCAACAAAGCGGCAAGAGAGGAACGUUAACAUUGUCUAGCGAAUUGUAAAUGAUAUCAUAUGAGACCAGUUACACCACUUGGAUUCCGCUCAAGCUUGCAGAUAACCAAAUGAAAUUGUCUAUUGAGCUGGUGUGAGACACGAAUAUCUACGCCUUAUCUGUUGAACCACCGUAUGUGGGUCUGAAUAUCAUAGUGCACUCAAGGGCAUUAUUGUAGACGUGAACUGAUUCGAAAAGAAACUAUACAUUGAAUCAUGCUCUGAGUA